AUGCAUCAGAACAACCCGCCUACGUCCGUGCAAGAAGGAUGUAAAGAUGUCGAUUGCAGGCGAGGGGCCACGUGGAGUGAUACUGACGUGGUAAAUCCCGUAUCAGGGUCAGUCGCGCAACGUGCCAGCACAGCGGUUCGGAGUGCUCGAAGUCAUCGCGACGUGGACGGACUCAUCAACGGUCUACUGCGUCUACCUCUAGCUCUUACUACUCCUCGACUACCUCUCUCAACUCGGUUUGACCAAGAGAGGGCACUCGGCUUUACAUCUCUCCCGCCGUUGACUGUCGAGAAAACGCUUCAAGAUGCCGAUGCUUCUCGACAUCCAGGUGAUUAUUCAAGGCGUUUCUGGUCGCCCCCCUCUGCGUCUGCUAACACCCUCCAGCGGAAAUUGCUUGCCCGGUCUGACAGGGUCAAGUCUGUGGACUUUCACCCGACCGAGCCCCAUGUCAUCUGCGGUCUCUACAAUGGCCAGGUUAAGAUCUGGAACUAUGAGACUCAGACCGACAUCAAGACCUUCGAAGUGACGGACGUUCCUGUUCGCUGCGUCAAGUACAUCGCCCGCAAGAACUGGUUUGUCUCUGGUUCGGAUGACUUCCAGCUGCGCGUGUACAACUUGUCUACUGGCGAGAAGGUUACUCAGUUUGAGGCUCAUCCCGACUACAUUCGUUGUCUUACUGUUCACCCGACUCUCAGCCUUGUCCUCACCGGCAGUGACGACAUGACCAUUAAGGCGUGGGACUGGGAGAAGGGAUGGCGUUGCGUGCAGGUCUUUGAGGGCCACACCCACUACAUCAUGGCGCUCGCCAUUAACCCCAAGGACCCGCAAACCUUCGCGUCGGCUUGUCUGGACCACACCGUCAAGGUCUGGUCGCUUGGCAGCUCCGUUCCCAACUUCAGCCUCGAGGCUCACGAGAAGGGCGUCAACUAUGUCGACUACUACCACGGCGGUGACAAGCCCUACAUCGUUACCACGGGAGACGACCGCCUUGUGAAGAUCUGGGACUACCACGCCAAGUCGUGUGUUCAGACGCUGGAGUCUCACACUGCCAACGUCUCCUUCGCCAUCUUCCACCCUUCCCUGCCCAUCAUCCUCUCCGGUUCCGAGGAUGGUACUAUCAAGAUCUGGCACUCGUCCACCUACCGCCUCGAGAACACUCUCAACUACGGUCUGGAGCGCGCUUGGUGUGUUGCUUAUCGCAAGACGGGCAACGAGGUUGCCGUCGGUUUCGAUGAAGGAGCUGUGGUCGUGAAGCUUGGCCGUGACGAGCCUUCGGUGUCGAUGGACGCUUCUGGCAAAAUUGUCUUUGCCCGCAACACUGAGGUUCUCACCACCAACGUCUCGCACAUCGGUCAGGAGGGCGACGAGGUUGAGGACGGCCAGCGGUUGCCGGUUUCAUUCCGUGACCUCGGAACGACGGAGGUCUACCCUACCAGCCUGCAGCAUUCUCCGAACGGACGUUUCGUCACGGUCUGCGGCGAUGGCGAGUACAUCAUUUACACUGCGCUCGCUUGGCGCAACAAGGCGUUCGGCAGCGGAACCUCUUUUGCUUGGGCUUCGGAUUCCAACACCUAUGCGGUGCUUGAGGGCAAGUCGAAGAUUCGCGUCUACCGAAACUUCAAGGAGCGAGCAGGUCUGAUCAAGUCGACUGGUGGAUGGGCUGUUGAGGGACUCCAUGGCGGACCGCUCCUCGCUGCCCGCGGAUCUGGAUUUGUCAUGUUCUGGGACUGGGAGACUGGAGCUGUUGUCCGUCGCAUUGAGGUCGACGCAACCAACGUCUCGUGGUCCGCUUCGGGCGAGUAUGUGGCCAUCACUGCCGAGGACUCGCUCUUCGUCCUUCGCUUCGACCGGGACGCCUACCAGCAGCGCCUGGAGUCGGGCGAGCCGAUCGACGACGAGGGUGUGGAGGAGGCGUUUGACCUGAUUGCCGAGGUGCCGGAGACUGUCAAGACGUGCCGCUGGAUCGGGGACUGCUUCAUUUACACGAACACCAACAACCGUCUCAGCUACCUGAUUGGCGACCAGACGAGCGUCAUCAACCACUUUGACCAGCCUGUCUACCUGCUUGGCUACCUCCCUACGCACAACCGCAUCUUCCUGGCGGACAAGGACCUCAACUUGUACAGCUACGCCCUUUCGCUCAACGUCGUUGAGUACCAGUCGGCCAUUCUCCGCGGUGACCUUGAAGGAGCCGCUGAGAUUCUCCCCACCAUCCCUGCGGACCAGCGCAACCGCAUCGCUCGAUUCCUCGAGGCUCAGGAGCUCAAGGAGCUCGCCCUGUCGGUCGCGACAGACCCUGACCACAAGUUCGAGCUUGCCGUUUCCAUCGGAGACCUCGAAACUGCUCUUGAGCUCGUCCGCGCCUCUCCAGAGGCCGGCUCGGAGUCUAAGUGGAAGGUCGUCGGAGGCUUUCGAGAAGUCGAAGGACCUCCCAGCUCUCCUCCUGCUCUACACCUCCCUCGCCGAUCGCGCUGGUCUCGAGAAGCUCGCUGCUCAGGCCGCCGAAAAGGGCAGAACAACAUUGCCUUCGCUGCCUACCUGCAGCUCGGCGACAGCGCUUCCUGCAUCGACCUCCUCGCCAAGACCGACCGCCUCCCGGAAGCCGCUCUCAUGGCGCGAUCAUACAACCCCGGAAAGGCUGAGGGUGUUGUCAAGGAGUGGCGAUCAGAGCUUGAGGAGCAGGGCAAGCCUAAGUAUGCUCAGGUUAUUGCCGACCCGAUCGAGGACCAGGGUCUUUUCGAGGAGGCUUCUGGACCAGCGAGCAAGCUUGACUCUGAGGGAUCCGGCGUCAUGGUAGAGAAGGAGGUUGAGGGCCUCGUCGACCAGGUCAAGGAGAUGGUCGUCGAGGAGACCAGGCUAGUGGACGAGGCCGUGGCGGAGGUUGGAGGAGCUGAGACGGAGGCGGCUAGCAACGCCGACGGAGCUGCUUCCGGAUCAGACGAAGUCCCAUCUAAGGGCAAAACGAACUAA